CAAAGAGAUAAGAGAGCAAGGGAAUCCACACAACCCAAGAGAGAAGGAAGGAGGAGAGCAGUCCGCAGGUUCGUUCUUCAGUGCGUAGCUUUGAUUGUUUGAGCCAUAACUUGAGAUUUACUCAUCCAAAUAAGGCGUGCGAGAUACCAACAGAAAGCUCUCAAGACGAGGAAUCCGUGAAGGUCUGGUUUGCAUAAAUCGGAGUAGUGAAAGGCUUCCAAAUCGACCGAGCAAAACACGACCUCGCAGAAUACGUUUUUGUAUUCAAAGUUAGGGAACGAAUUCGUCGGGAAACACCCGUUCUAGGGACUGUUUUUGCAUUUUCGGUUAGGAGUUGAACUAGCACCUUGAGGGGGCUGUUUAACACUCAAUUCUAAGCAAGGAAUCAGUUCUCAAGCUUCCUUGGCCGAGGCUUUAGUCAUUGGAUCGAGAAGGAAAGUUUUAAAGCUCAUUUGAGGUGAGGACCGACAUCUAGUUGCUUACAACUUGUAGGUUAUGCAUGAGAUUACCUAAAUGCUUGAAUCAUGUUUUUGUGAAUAAAUAUGCUUGAACAUGAUAUGAAUGAUAAGUAAUGGACUUGACCAUGAAUUGAAACCAUAUUGAUGAAUAUGGAGUCAUGUGAGAUAAAAGUAUGCUAAUAUGGUAAAUUGACCUUCCAACUCAUGUAUGAAUGUUAUGUGUAUGUAAAUGUAUAAUUUCAUGAUGAUGCUUAGCACAUGGGAGGCUGCCACAUAUCUAUUGAUAUGGAGGGGCUACCAUUUAUGAUAAAUGAGUUGUAGGAAUAAUCUUAAUAGUAUUGUGAUGCUAGUUAAGGAUUGUUCAAAAUGUUGAUAGAAUCAAACUUAAGGUUUGAGUUGUUUGUGAUGAACUUGAAUAAGAUUCAAGUGUCAAGUGUGAUUGUAUGAAGUAGGAGAUCUAUGGUGUGAUUAUAUGAAGUAGGAGAUCUAUGGUGUGAUUAUAUGAAGUAGGAGAUCUAUGGUGGGAUUGUAUGAAGUAGGAGAUCUAUGGGGUGAAUAAAUGAAGUAGGAGAUCUAUGGUAUGAUUAUAUGAAGUAGGAGAUCUAUGAUGCGAGUGCAUGAUGAUGUACUCGAGCCUAACUCUAGAAAUGAGAAGUUAUAUUAGGGUUGGACCCUAUGUAUUGUCGUGACUAUUAGUCACGGGGUUUGGGAAAUGUUUUAUAACAAACGCGGGCCUUUGAGCCGACUACUUGACUUUAUAUAAAGUAAGUAUGUAUUUUGAAAGGGGUAAUCUGGGGUUACGGCCUAUACUAUAUUAUCACCCUAUUUGAGGGUCUUGUGUGUGAAAUACUUGUUGUAUAUCUAUUAGAUGCCUGCCACACCAGCACUUUAUAGCCCUAUAGAGUGCUGACCCCUUCGGGGGCGUCCCACUACCAUUUUUCAGGUUGAGGCUAGAGCUUGCUUCCUGUGCUCGUUGCUCGAGAGAUCAUAUAGGAGGGAAGACUUGGUUCGUGCUUCCUCCAUUCUGUUUUUAAACCUUUCUAAACAUGCUCAUGGAUAUUUUACUAUGGAGCCUGCGUGCUCAUGAAAUGCCUUGUGUGGCCCUUUUGUUUUAAACAAUGUUUCCGCUGCGUUAUGAAUUACUUAUUAUGUUUGUUUAUGGAUGUAUAUGUGUGAAUGAUAUUCAAGACGCCUUGUAUAAUAUGAAUGUGUUGGACUGCGGUUGACUAUUCGUAUUGUACGGCGGGUUGUUGACGUGUCCGGAUAGGUCCGGGGCGUGACAAUUAAGUUGGUAUCAGAGCCUUAGUCCAUAAACUUCAUAAUGAAGUCUCAAAAUUCUCUUUUCAAAAUGUUUUUUUUUUGAAAACCAUGAGCAAAAACGUUUUGUACUUAAGAACUUUUGGUGUUUGAGUUGCAAGGUCUCUAAUUGUUAAGAUGGCGCCCUUAACGAUUGGUAUGGCGGCAACUUGGCCCAAGAGAUGUCUUAAGUACCUAUCUGUCAGUUGACAUUUGAAACGAGUCUAAUGACUCAUUCCAAUUAUUUCUUUCAGCGAUGGAGGGUGAUGGUGGUACUAUGAAUAGGGAGAACUCGGAAGGGUUUGCACCGGGUGGAACCGGGCAUGCCAACCGAGAAAAGCCCGUAGGAAUAAAGGUUCACGAAAUUCUAGAAGCUCAAAUCGUGAGUGGCGGUCAUGUUAGGACCAAUGAAGAAUCACCUUGUCAUAGAAAAAUUGAAACACUCAAGGCUUCGGGUGACGAGGGAUAUGAUUUGAGUGAUGAGAACCUUGAUGGUGCACCCAUUGAACAAAUGGGCAUGGUCAUAGAUUGGCUUCAACGUGAACGUGUGAGGCUUAUACAAAAACGCCAAGCUAGGCAAGAUGAGGGCAUACCGUUAGUGAGGAAAAGGAGGUGGGGAGACAACGAUUCCCAAAGACAUUCAAGAAGGACAAACGUUGAGGGUGACAAAACCUUCAGGGCGCAGACACUAUCACUUGAGUGGAGUCGGGGCUCGGGUGGCCAGAACUCGAGGUCAAAGGGUCCGAGGGUACCUAGGUGCAACAAUUGCAAGAAACACCACUCGGGUAAGUGUCACGACCCUCCUAGGUGCUAUCAUUGCACAGAGGUCGGGCACACGAGAGUGAGCUGCCCACAAAUUGUGCAAAACCAAACUUCGGGGUCAAGUGGUGGAACUACAAGAAAUGAAAACCAAACCGAGGUUUCUCAAGGGAGCAGGGGACAUGGGGGAGCAAGCACGAGCAACGCGCCAUCCGUGAACCAAGGAAGGACCCAAGCUAGGGUCUACGCGAUGACAGAGGCGGAUGCUCAAGCUAACCCGGAUUCCGUUGCAGGUAUUGCCUCUCGUAUACUAGUGUUUUAUCCUUAAUUAGUCCAUAAAUUAAGGUUACUAAUCGUUGGGAUCAUUGCACGAAAUUUUGGGAUCAAACGGAGCGAAAUCGGGCGAAAGACGGCUGAUUUCCGCCAACGCACACCAGGCUGGACCAUACGCACGGCCGUGCGUUGUCCGUGCGUUGGUCCGUGCGUUGGUGGCAGUAGCAACCGGGAAGAAAUUGCUAUACGCACGGCCGUGCGUUGUCCGUGCGUUGGUCCGUGCGUUGGUGGCAGUAGCAACCGGGAAGAAAUUGCUAUACGCACGGACGUGCGUUGUCCGUGCGUUGGUCCGUGCGUUGGUGGCAGUAGCUCCGUUUUGAGGUUAUAAGACACGCAUGCCGUGCGUACCUCCUAGGCACGCCGUGCGUACCUCCUGGACAGCCCAAAGUCGACUUUUUUGCGCCGUAUUGCAACGUUAAGACCCGUUCUUGAUCCCAAACAUGUGUGUGAACAUAAUAAACCUCUCUAAAUGAGUAGGGAGGGUAGGAAAGAUGUCUUACAUGGUUCAUGAAUGUAGGGACACUAAAGAUUAAUGGGAAGGAUGCGCGAAUCCUUAUCGAUACCGGGGCGCAACGUUCAUUCGUGAAUGAAGCGUUCGCCAAGAGUUUGGAAGUGCAAUCCGCACCAUUGAUGCAAACCUUAGUGGUAUCAACACCACUAGGGGAUGACGUGGAAAGAACUCGUUACUAUCCAUCUUGUGGGGUGGAAGUUAAUGGUCAAACCUUGACGUGUGACUUCGUA